UGAUUGACAGUCGGGCUGUUUUUUGCUACUUCGCUUGCUGUUGACAAGUAAUAAUGAAGCUUUGUCAGCCCAUCAUGGACAUGGAUAUGCCAGAUUACGUUGACUCCUUAGACUCCUCUUAUACCAUGCUGGAAUUUGACAGCCUUCGGAUGCUCCCCAAUAGUACCGAGAGGUCUAAUGGUCUCUAUUGUCUGCCCACAGAGACCAUCACAAACGAGCCAGCAAACACCAACCUGCUCACGAGCAGCAUCAGCUCCCUGUGCUCCAUCUGCGGGGACCGGGCGACUGGCAAACACUAUGGGGCAUCCAGCUGUGAUGGCUGCAAAGGCUUCUUCAGGAGGAGUGUCCGCAAGAACCAUGUCUAUUCCUGCAGGUUCAGCAGACAGUGUGUGAUAGACAAAGACAAGAGGAACCAGUGCCGGUACUGCAGGCUGAAGAAGUGCUUCAGAGCUGGCAUGAAGAAAGAAGCUGUGCAGAAUGAGCGUGACAGGAUCAGCAUUCGCAGAAGCAGCUAUGAGGACAACAGCUCGCUCUCCAUCAGUGUGCUCACUCAGGCAGAGGCCAUGGCACAGCAGUAUUCAUCACUGAGCCCAGUGCACAGCACGGACAUUGCCAUGAAGAAAGUGGCUACCAUCAACGAUGUGUGUGAAUCUAUGAAGCAGCAGCUUCUGGUGCUUGUUGAAUGGGCAAAAUAUAUCCCAGCAUUCUGUGAGCUCCCACUGGAUGACCAGGUUGCCUUGCUCAGAGCCCACGCAGGGGAACAUCUGCUCCUCGGGGUAGCCAAGCGGUCCAUACCGUACACUGAUUUUCUGUUAUUAGGGAAUGACUUCAUCAUCCCAAUGCACUGCCCAGAACUGGAAAUAGCUCGUGUGGCCACCAGAAUCUUGGAUGAGUUGGUAAAACCCUUGAGGGACAUCCAGAUCGAUGACAACGAGUAUGCUUGCCUUAAAGCCAUCAUCUUCUUUGAUCCAGACUGUAAAGGCCUGAGUGAGCCCGCAAAGGUGAAGAACAUGCGCUUCCAGGUCCAAGUCAAUCUGGAAGACUACAUCAAUGACCGCCAGUAUGACUCCCGAGGCCGGUUCAGCGACAUCCUCCUCCUGCUACCCCCGCUGCAAAGCAUCACAUGGCAGAUGAUAGAGCAAGUGCAGUUCAUGAAGCUCUUUGGUGUGGCCAGGAUUGACAGCCUGCUGCAGGAGAUGCUGCUGGGAGGAACCUCCAUUGAUCUUCAGUACCAGUCAGGACCUCCCAACCUCAACCUGGAACCGCUGCCAGGACAUGUCCUCCCAGGCCACAUGAGCUCUGUGAUUCACACUGCUCCAGACCCUUCUCCUGAAACAUCCCUUCCAUCUCCUUCUACAAGUACAGGCAGUGAAGACUAUAAACUAGGCUCUAGCGCAGGACCCAGCGCUGUAGUGCAGCUCUUGCCUCAGACAGUGAUACCCAAGCAGGAGAUUCUAUAGGGAGAGGUGGAAGGAAAAGCUGAGAGCAAUGUCGAAACUGUGCUGAAAGUGAAAUGGGCCCUUUCUCUUUCAGAGGCAAAGCACAGAAACCCCCUGCCUGUACCCGGAUCUCUCAGUCACACUCUUUCCCAUCCGUGAGUCAAGCACCAGAUACCAAACUGCACCAGAAGCCUCACCAUGGGUAUUCCAACCAUCAUCGCCCUCAUUUCAAAAGGGAUUCAGGUUAAUGCCCUUGUCAGUAGGACCAAGACCAUAAGCUCUUUGGGGUAGGGCUUCCCAUUGCAUUUGUUAUCACCCAACUUGGUGCAAUCACGACCCUUUUAAAGCCUUUGG